AUGGCGGAUCGUCCGGUAAAGUUCGUGGCUCUUGGGGGUGUAUGGCUAGAUGAGAUCAGGACGGCCGGUGAAGUGACGAAGACUGAUGUGUUAGGCGGAAGUGUGACUUUUGCAACUCUCGGAGCGCGGCUCUUUGCAGCCACGAAUACGGCGAGUAUCCGCUUGAUCUUCUUUGCAGGCCACGAUUUCCCGCAAGGACACAUAUCACUCUUUCGCAGUUGGCAAAUCGCACUUACAAUACACUAUUCAGACUCUUUGCCAUCUGCAAGAGGAGUGAUUCAGUACGAUGGUAUGGAUGAGAGCAGAAGAACUUACCAACGGUUGACUGCUCCAUUGCCGCUCACAUGGGAGCACCUCACCAUUUCCGAUAUCUCCAACGCUACCUGCUUUCACCUCUUUGAAACUCCUGAAGCUGCAGCGAUACAAGUUCACGAAGUACUUUCCAGACGCACAAACGUUGCAGAUCGUCCUAUCUUCAUAUGGGAACCCCAAGGCAAAAGUUGUAACACACAUACGCUUGAUAGGCAUCUUCAUGCCGCUAGUUUGAUGGACGUCUUCUCCCCGAAUCAUGCCGAACUGGAUAGUUUGUUCGAGGAGGAUGCCAGUCUGAUCUUCGACAGGGAUCGUGUCGAGGCUCAGGCGAAAUACUUCAUGGAUGCCGGCGUCGGACAUGGUAAUCAAGGCUGCAUAGUAGUGCGGUGCGCAGAACGUGGAUGUCUGAUCAUGUCCCAAGAUAUGGCGCCUACAUGGCUUCCCGCUUUCUACGACGCAGGUUCAGAGCAUGUGGUGGACGCCACCGGAGGAGGCAACGCUUUUCUUGGUGGAUUUAGCAUUGGCUACCAGGAGACUGGUAGCUUCAUCGAAGCGGCCAAGUACGGUAACGUUGCUGCAAGCUUCGCUAUUGAGCAGGUGGGAGUUGCAAAGCUCUCUGUCGAGGGCGAGUAUGAGCUCUGGAAUGGGCAAAAAGUGAGAGAUCGCUUGGCUGUGUAUCAAGACGGACUGAAGAGCAGCAACGAAUAG